AUGGAGUCAACCGUGCCAGCAGUGCCAGCAACCGAGAGGAAGAGCCAUGGGCCUACGGAGACGACGCAGCUUCUGAAACCCUCCAGGACUGUGCCGGAUGGCAAGGCCACAGGCCCACAGCUGACGCUGAACCUUGUCGUCUGUGGCCUCGGCACGGGGAUUUUCGCGUUGCCAUGGAGCACAGCAGGUGCAUCUUGCACGGUCAGUGUCUUGAUUGUGGCAGCAGUUCUUGCUCUGAAUGCCUGGACUAUUUUCAUCUUGAUCGAGGCGGCAGAGAUUCACCAGGCUUAUGACAUUGGGACUCUCCUAUCCCGCAUGCCAGGAGCUCUAGGACGAGCAGCGCCGCCAGCAGUGAACGCAGUCAUUUGGAUUGGAGGAUUUUUCUGCCUCGUCUCCUACGUGAUUGUCAUUGCAGACUGCGCUGGCCCGCUCCUGGGAGAACCGAGCUGGAAGCUCAAAGCCGUGACUUCAGCCUUGGUCCUGCCUCUUUGCUUCUUGGACCAACGCCUUCUCUCCUUUACCUCCACGCUCUCCGUUCUAGCCGUGAUUCUCGUAUUUGCCCUGGUGACUUCAGUUUUCAUUGACCACACUGAGGCGAAGUUUCCGAGCAUUUGUAUGGCAGGCUUCUCAUGGGGAAGCGUGUCUAUGUUUGCAAGCAUGAUGCAGACUGUUGUUCUGCAAAUGUGUGUUCUGCCGAUGUACGGGGAGAUGCGCAACCGAUCGCCAGGAAGCUUCGCGAAGGUCAUCUACUGUGGCUUUGCCAUUCUCUUCGUUGUUUGUGCCAGCUUUGCUCUUCUGGGCUACCUGACCUUCGGAGCUGGUGUCAAGUCAAAUGUCCUGCUGUCGCUGCCGACAAGCCGGGCAGGCAACUUGGCCCGUCUUUGCGCAGGGGCGUGGCACUCAUUGCUUGGACCAACUGCCCAGAGAGGUGUAGCAGUGUAG